AUGCUUAAUGGGGAAUCGAUCGAUUACGUAUCCGGGGAGGCAGCAGGGGAUGGAGAUGCCGACGCGAUAUCUGGUGACGACAGGGGCGAGAUGUACCCAUCGUCGUCAUCGUCGUCGUCGUCUGCGAAGCUAUACUCGUGCAGGUUUCCGGUAACGAGCUGGGACGGCACAGGAGUCGCGUCUGAUGGUGCAAGCGGUGUGUCGUUGGUUCCGUCGUGCAGGUUGUUCGACGUGUCGUGUGAGGGGGGGCCACCGGCCGCAUCCGACUGGUGGUGUCCAUCCUCGCCGCCCUUCUUCUCUUCUUUGCGUGCGGGCGGCCGCACCGAGUUGCUCGAUGACAGUUGA